AUGAAACUGCUUGAUCUUUCCCUUCUCGGCGCAUUUGCCGCUUCAGCCUUGGCCGCCGAUUGUUUGGCACCAGGUGCCGGGGACCUGACACAGUUUCAGGAUCCUUUUUGGGAUGCUCGAUACAAGGUCUGCCACAACGAGCCGGGUACGGGCUGUGGCUGGCAGCAGAAUUGCCAGUACACCUCGGUUGAAGAUCGCGACAUUGCGGGCAAGGUUUACGUCCGCCUUACGCGAAAGAACUGGGACGGUCACAAGGGAUUCAAAGAUUGCUGGGCCGCUACUGAGCAAAUGAUCAAUCAAUGCGUCAAGACCAAGAAGGGAUCGUGGGCCAGUACUUGGAAUUACGCCGGCCAGUUCUACCAAUUCGACUUUUGGCAGUCGUGA